UGGGUGGAUGCUGCUUGAGAAAGGAAAUGCUCCGUAGGAAGUAACAGGCAUUUGAGGCAACGUUAUUGACAUUUCGUAGGUAGUGGAGGUUCUUAUUCAGAGUCCAAGCCAGAUUAAUGAUUUCCAGCGCUGCGCAGGAUGUGUUCCGUUCGUAACUGAGCAUUGCUCAAGGCUUCGUAGCUAGGAAGAGCUUUGCAAAUUAAGUCCUGCUCCAACAAGUUUUGGAGGACCUGAAGUAAACACGGCUCCCUUUUUCCUGCCUCGUGCCUGGCUGCUCUGAACGCAGUUUUUCCCGCUGCUUUUGCCACAGCGUCUCCCUGCGCAGAACCAGGGGUGCCUUUCCUGUAGGAGUUUGUCUUCUGGCAGCCGUGACGGGGUCAGACGCGGUCUGGAGCUGAGCCCCCUCCCCACGUACCCAAGCGUCCUCGUGGGCAGCGGCAGCCCUGGCACAGAGGCAAGUGCUCCGGGCAUCCGAAGGGCAGCGUUUUCUUCCAAACUGCCUGUAGAAUUUUGGUCAAAAUAGCUUAACCUGGGAAGUUCUGCUUUUGCCCACAUCUCCCCGGCAGGACUCGAGGCUGUUUCAGUUCAGCGCGGUAGCUGCAAGUCCGGAAGAGGUUUAUGAAGUUAAUUUUUCACUGGCAGCCUGCGUGUGUUGCAGUGUUACAGGAGGGUUUAGGAGGCCAGGCAAGGGUCAGGAUUGCCCUCUGCGAGGUGCUGCCCCGAGCCGGGGCGGUUUUUGACGUGGAGCUUCUUUAACCAGGCGAGGUGGGAAAAGAGCAUUCAAGAGGGAAGCUGAGCAGCAAACAGCCUGUUUUUUAUCUGCGUCUGUGCUCCUCAGCUUCAGGCAGGCAUGAGUUACAGACCUAUCUGCCCCAUUUUGAUGAGGAAAUUACAGAGAUUUUUAAAAUAAACAGUCCCAUCCCCUCCUCCUCCUCCUCCUCCUGUUCCCAAACUUUGAAGGGCUUAUCCUGCCUGAGCUGUCCCUGAAAUGGCUGCACUUGCCAGGAGUUGAGGUGUAAAUCAGCACUGGAGCUAGACGGGAGUCGGGCUGUUUUCUUCAGAACUUGUCUGAGCAAGAGCAGGUAAAGAGGGGGGGGGGAAUUCUCGUUUCGAGCAGGUUUUGUUCGAUAUGUUUUUAAGGCUGCCGUGAAAAGGCAGAACAAGCCAGCAAGGCUGCCUUUAUCUUGGUAAGGACAGCAGCUUCAGAAAUGUAAAUAUUGAAAUGCCUGCUCGCAAAGAUUAGGCUGCUGGACCUCAGUGAUGCAACAGGAUGAACUCGCUCGAGCUGCGUUGUUUUUGUGCAAAGCCGCAUGGAAAACGAGGAGCUGAAAAAAGACGGUAAAAACUCUAAACGCAGAAGUUACAUCUUCUGUUGCUGGCAUCACAGUUAUUUACGUUCUCGGAUGCACCCCUUGUGAGGCAGAGCAGGUCGUCUCGCCGCUUGUGGGAAGGCGGCUCGUUGUUACUUGUAAAGACGGAUACCGCAAAGCUUACAAGGGGGAAAAUCUGGGCCGCUCCUGGGGCGGGAAGUUUGUUUAGGAUGUUUAGUUUGUUUAGCAGUUCCCAAACUGCUGGGAAGGGAUGAGCCUAGGAACUGACGCAUCCUGGUGCGUUAAUUGUUGUGGCAAUGAACCCCAUACUCAUGUCCUCUACCUCUGUACUCCUCCAGACAGGUUGCCUCUACAGCAUGGGGCACUCCGGCGGGGGUUCUUAAAUCUCCCUUCAGCCUCCUUCAUAUUACUAUUUUUGGUGAUUCUUUUAUUUCAGCUAUAAUGAGGCCACUCUCCAGUCACGCAUGUUUUUACGUAUCUUUGGAAAAAAGCCCAAGCAUUCAAACAGCCCCUGCUUGUUGAUUUUUGGUAAAGUCACUAUCAAACCCCGCAGGAAAAUUUUCUUUCCGUCCCAAAGGUUGUUUUGCACGGCGGGGAACUGGAGUUCGGCUGCAUCAUGGCAACGGUCGUCACCGAAAAGCUUAGCCGCCUCUUCAUUAACGUGCGGCAGGUCCCUCAGCUGCUGGCCCCCCUCUCUCCCUCCACCGUCAGCAGUUCGGAGGUGCCGAAGGUCUUCUGGAAGCCCUACAUCCACACCGGCUACCGGCCGGUGCAGCAGACCUGGCGCUAUUACUUCUCGACGCUCUUCCAGCAGCACAACGAGGCCAUCAAUGUCUGGACCCAUCUGGUGGCCGCGCUGAUCCUGCUGCUGCGGUUCCAGCAGCUCUCGCGGCGGGUAGAUUUUGGACAGGACCUGCACGCCCAACCCCUCCUCAUCAUCAUCGUGGCGUCCAUCACCUACCUGACAUUCAGCACCCUUGCUCACCUUCUACAGGCCAAAUCUGAGUUCUGGCACUACAGCUUCUUCUUCAUGGACUACGUGGGGGUAGCCAUUUACCAGUACGGCAGCGCUCUGGGGCACUACUACUACGCCAUCGAGCCAAGCUGGCACGAGAAGAUCAAGGGGUUUUACAUGCCGGCGGCCGUCCUGUUAGCGUGGCUGUCCUGCGCUGGUUCCUGCUACGCCAAGUACCGGUACCACCAGUCCGCUCGCCUUCUGAGCCGGCUCUGCCAGGAGCUGCCCUCUGGCCUGGCCUACAUGCUGGACAUCAGCCCCGUGGUCCACCGCAUCUUCACCGCGCCUCCCUCCGAGCGGGCUGACCCGGCCCUUCUGUAUCACAAAUGCCAGGUGCUGUUUUUCCUCAUCGGCGCCUUUUUUUUCUCCCACCCUUACCCCGAGAAGUGGUUCCCCGGGAAAUGUCACUUCUUCGGGCAGAGCCAUCAGAUUUUUCACGUGUGCCUGGUACUCUGCACGCUGGCGCAGAUCGAGGCGGUGGUGUUGGACUAUGAGUCCAGGCGACAGAUCUAUUCCACUCUUCAGGGUGAUUUGGCGCACAACUUCUCUGCCCUGUGCCUCUUCACUGUGACCUGCUCUGUCUUCACAGCUGCUUACAUGGCCCGGAAGGUGAAGAACAAGCUGAGCUUCAAAGAAGAGUAAGAACUCUGAAGGAGAAGCAGUCUCUCACAGCCAAACCAAAAGCGUCCAGUCGAGUUCUGGAAAGGAAGCACGUCUCGUUCGCUUUCACGCGGACAAGAGUCUCUCAGCCACGCACCAAGCAAACCACCAUCUCUGCCUUCUUCAGCACCCAGACAGGUGAAAAAGACAAAGAAAACUCCAGGCCAUCUCCUUUCAUCCCGAAUAAAGACUGUAAAGAAAAAGGUGUUUCUUUGGCUGCUUCCCCCGUGAAGAUCUUGGCUUUGCCGCAGGUGGAGAAAGCCCGGACACAAUCCUUCAGAGCUGCGGAGGAGACGGCGCAGGUUACACCCCGGCGUCGUGCACUGAAAGCACCGGCCUCGCCGACGCCUUUGCCGGACUCUUCGUUGUUACAAGCGGAGUCCCACAGCAAGAGUGAAGCCUCCUGCGGGGGGGGAGAGGAUUGCCGCUUCUUCAGCUUCACUCAGGAUUCAGAAGGCAACCGGAUCAUCGCUCACAGAAACGAGUCCGAUUUCUUUGCUGGAGAAACGGUUUCAGCAAGCGGCAGCGUAACGUCAGACUGCGGGAUAAACAAACGGGCGGGCCGGCCGCUCCCAGAGGAGGCCAAGACCGGACUUGAUUUCCAACCAAGACUUGGUGCAAACCAGACUAAGGAACCACACCGCUCGAGUAGCGUUAAUUCUUUAUUUGAUUUCUCUGAGACCGAGAAUAUAAAUCCUACUAUAAUGAGAGGACAUAAAGCUGCUGGCUUUUAUUCAUCUCCACAACGACCGGCUAGAGCACAGCCUCUGAGAGAGUGCAGCCAGAACGCCGGUGCUGGUUCAGCCGAGGAGGGAUGGGGCAGCAAGACGGGACCGAGCAGUCCCUGGGGGCAGCUGUUCACCCAGGAUUCGGAGGGGAACAGAGUGAUCGCUCACCGCUGCCAGAACAUCCCGUCUCCUCGCAAGGACGACGGCAGCUCUUGCAGGCAGCUGCCCGACUCCCCAGACAAGGGCCAUUCCAGCGAUGCUGCAAACAGGAGCUUGAGCAAACCGGGGGAGCUGUGGUUAGAUGUGUGCUAUGAUUUGCUGUUCACGCAGGAUUCGGAAGGGAACAGAGUGAUUAAACACUGAUAAGUGACCUUAAAUGAGUUGCCUAAUGACCUCUUGUGAAGCCUCAGGAAAGCGUUUUUUGUAAGAAAGCAGUCAGAAUUAGGUAAGUGUACCCGUUGUUUCUAGAUGCGCGGCCUAGCCAGCAUAUGCAGUAGAGCCAUGCAACAGACAGGACCUCUUUGUUCUCUGAAAUUUUGCUUUAAUAAAAAUAGAAUUUUGAAGGAGUACGUUUAUAAUGGUUUGAUUGUUUCAAUCGCGAUUACAGCCUGUGUGGCCAAGGCCUGGCGUUCGUUAGUAUUACUGGUGUUUACGUAGCACGCUGCUCUUCAGCCUGAAAGCCCGCUGCUAACAUCUCUGUAUUUCUUCGGAUCCUGAAAGUCCACGUUUAAAGGAUCUCUGGGCUCAGCUCAGGAACCAAACCACAGCAGCUACUUCACGUU